CUGGUGUAAAACGACGUAUUUUCUUCAAGUUAGUGUAAUUCGCAUAUAACUGGUAUUAGAACGAAACAAUGAUGCCAAAUAUAAUCAUCAACAUUAAUUAUUUGAAAAGUUGGAAUGGAAUUGCUAAGAUCCUUCAAGUGAUACUGGGUGCGAUUUGCGUAGGAAUUAUUGGUAAUGAGCUUAGUUAUGAAUGUGUAAUCUUAUACAGAGGAUCAGUAUUUAUCUUCUUUUUUGUUGCAACAUUUACUUUCUUUAUUAACACUUUUAUUCUGUAUGUCAGUAACCUGAUAUCUCCCUCUGCUGCAUCUAUUAUACCUAAAACAAUUUACGAACUCCUUUAUCAUUUCAUUGCGUCUAUAUUAUUACUUGCGGCUUCAAUAGCAGUAAUAAUUAUGAUAAAUCAAGCUAAUGUUGUAGUUAACUAUGACGCGCUUUUAGCAGCUUCCGUGCUGGGUGCAAUUUGUAUAGGAAUCAUCAGUGAUAACAUUAAUCCUACCAUUUUUUCUUUAUGUCAAAAGGAAUAUUUCUUUCUUAUUGCAACAUCUAAUUUUUUUAUUGGUACUUUCAUUUUUUUUCUUAGUUACCUGGUAUCUCCAUUUACUGCAUCUAUUUUACUUAAAACAAUAUACGAACCCCUUUAUAAUUCUUUCGCAACCGUAAUGUUAUUUGCGGCUUCAAUAAGUCUGAUAACAGAAAUACAUACGGAUGAUGUGGUGUAUAAUUAUAAGGCAUUAUUAGCUGCUUCUAUUUGUGGUCUACUAAACACCAUUUUAUAUAUUUUCAACGCGAUCAUCACCUGUAUUACAAUAUGGUUGAAGUAAUUAAUCCUCUUGAUGUCAAACUCUGUAAUAUGGUUUAUACUGAUGCCGGGUGUAUGAGACCCACUUAAUUUAUAUUGACUAAAAAUAUUAAUUAAUUUUUAAGAAUCAAAAUGUUAUAACUAUAAAAGAAGAAUAAGUGCUAAGUUUAUGUUUGUAACACUAAUUUAAAUUACUUAUAAUUGAG